AUGCCAGUAGUUCAGUUGGAGGGUAAGCUUGGAGGGAGGACAGUCGAUGAAGGUAGCGCCAGAAUUGGCGGCGGCACCACGACAAUCAAGGGUAACAAUUCUAUUGGUGGGGCGAGGGGCGGAAACAUCUCUGGAAAUGUCACUUCGAGCGGCUCGAACGGUGUGAGCAGCAGCAACGGGAACGGCGUGACCAUCGGCAACAACGGUGGAAACAUUGGAAACAGCGGAAAUACUGGAAAUGGUGGGAAUGUAGGAGGAAUCAACUCCGGGAAUAAUGGAGGGGUCAACCGUCCCACUUGA